CGUUUGCGCCGCUCUGCAACCUUUGUGUGUGAGUUCGAAAUGUGCGCUGAUAAAGUAUUUAAAUGAAUUGAGGCGACCUAUCGGCGAAUCAGUUGAACAUUUGAAGUGCGAAAGUGAGGAUCGGGUAAAUUGUUUGUGGCGCGAGAUUGAUUUUUUGGUGGUUAAUUUCCGGGGACAGAACCAUUGCGUGCCAUUUUGAAGUUAACCGGAAAAGGAGAGAUACAACGAUCGGAGUUUUUGGAGUAGUUGUCGAAACAGGCAGUGUCACACCGGGUGUCAUCAUAAAGAAGGGAGCGUGAAAUAGUUUUGGCGUUCGCUAAGUGGAUAUGAAAUCAUUGCUUAUAAUUGCGGCAGUGCUCUUCGCUGGAGCAUUGGCCUUGGAGAGCGGACAAGUUUGUGAACCAGGAACCAAUUUUAUGGUUGAUUGCAACACAUGUCGAUGUUCUGCCGAUGGUAAGCUGGUAUCAUGUACGAGGAAAUUCUGUUUGCCGGAGGAACAAGGUGACGAUCCCAAGGCACAGGCGGUUGAGGAGUCCAGCAAUGGAAACGAAAAGGAAGAAGAACAAGUCCACACGAAUGGUCAAGUCUGCACACCCAAUGAGGUGAAAAUGGAGGAUUGCAACCGUUGCAAGUGCGCUGCUAAUGGUAUUGGAUGGUUCUGCACCCGUCGGGUUUGUCCCCCGCGGGAGAAGCGCGAGGUGGCGGCACCGAACCGGAAACCAAUGUGCAUGCCGGAAAACUUUUUCUGGAGUACCGAUUAUUGCAACGAUUAUUUCUAUACGGAAACUGGUAUCACAGCUUGUAUGCGGAAGUUAUGUAAUUUGAGAGCUAAGCGGGAAUCGGCUCCAUUGGAGAAGGAGUGCGAACCGGGAAGUACAUUCCUACAUCCGGAUGGAUGCAAUCAAUGCUUCUGCACCAAAGACGGACGGGGUGCAUGUACGUUGAAGCUCUGCCUAAAUUCGGAGAAGAGACGCUCCGUUCGGGCGGCCGGUGAUGCCGAUCUCCCUAGAUCGGAAAUUGCACCGUGGGCCAAUGGAUUUUCAUGCGCACCCAACAAGGCCUUCAAGUAUCAGUGUAAUACCUGUCGCUGUGAUGACUCUGGCAGUAGAGCAGCUUGUACGCUGAAGUUCUGCAUAGAGGGUGAAUACUGAUUUGCCGUUUAUUUUAAGAUAUUUACUUCUAUGUUCACAUUUUGUUCUUCCUUAUAUUAGCGUUCGCAUACUUAGAGCUCUCUAAAAAUAGAACUGAAUAAAAACAAAUUUCGUUUCUUUAUA